CCCAUUGGCGCAGGCGCAAGGGAGGAGCAUCGCGGCUGCUGGUUCCCAAGCCAACGGAUCAACAGGUCCAGCUCCAGAGAAAGAAUCGGUGGACCCCUAGAGCCAGCGCCUGCCUCUCGCCAUGUGUGCUGCCGAGGUGGACCGUCAUGUAGCCCAGAGAUACCUGAUCAAGCGGAGGCUUGGGAAGGGGGCCUAUGGCAUUGUGUGGAAGGCCAUGGACCGGAGGACUGGCGAGGUUGUGGCCAUCAAGAAAAUCUUUGAUGCCUUUAGGGACCAGAUAGAUGCUCAGGAGUUUGGAGGCCAUCCCAACAUCAUCCGCCUGCUUGAUGUAAUCCCAGCGAAGAAUGACAGGGAUAUUUACCUGGUGUUUGAGUCCAUGGACUGACCUGCGUCUCCUUCCCCGGCUCCUGCCCCUUCCCAGACACCGACCUGAAUGCAGUCAUCCAGAAGGGCAGACUACUGAAGGACAUCCACAAGCGGUGCAUCUUUUACCAGCUCCUGAGAGCCACCAAGUUUAUCCAUUCAGGGCGCGUCAUCCAUCGGGAUCAGAAGGUUGGCUCCACCUUGUGCCCACAGGUCCCUGGCUUCCCUGAGAAUCUGGCCCACAGGGGCCUCAAGCCCAUCGAUCUUUCCAGCCAGCCAAUGUUCUACUGGAUUCUGCUUGCCGGGUGAAACUCUGUGACUUUGGCCUGGCACGCUCCCUCGGUGACCUCCCUGAGGGGCCUGGGGGUCAGGCCCUGACAGAGUAUGUGGCCACACGCUGGUACCGAGCUCCAGAGGUGCUUCUGUCUUCCCGAUGGUAACAGCUGGAUGCCCAACCUACCUUCUCCCUUCUACCUUCUCUGUGUGCUGGUCCCACUUGGGCCAACCUGAGUACUCUGCUGCCCUAUCCCUGCACUCCCAUCCUGCCUCUGCCCUGUGCUCCCUGCCCUUGCACAUACCCCUUGCACAUACCCCUUCCUGCCUCAGGUAUACCCCUGGGGUGGACAUGUGGAGCCUGGGCUGCAUAUUAGGAGAGAUGCUUCGAGGGCAGCCACUGUUUCCCGGGACAUCUACUUUCCACCAGCUGGAGCUGAUCCUGAAGACCAUCCCAUUGCCUUCCAUGGAGGAGCUCCAGGACCUUGGCUCAGACUACAGUGCUUUGAUUCUGCAGAAUCUUGGGUCCAGGCCACAGCAGACGCUGGACGCCCUCCUGCCGCCAGACACCCCCCCAGAAGCCCUGGACCUCCUCAAGCGACUCUUGGCGUUUGCUCCGGACAAGCGCCUUAGUGCAGAGCAGGCGCUGCAACACCCCUACGUGCAGAGAUUCCAUUGCCCCGACCGCGAGUGGGCACGGGAGUCCGACGUGCGGCUCCCGGUGCACGAAGGAGACCAGCUCUCUGCACCAGAGUAUCGCAAACGCCUGUACCAGAUUAUCCUGGAGCAAAGUGGGAACAGCCGCAGCCCUCGAGAGGAAGGCCUGGGGGUUGUGGCCUCGCGGGCUGAGCUCAGGGCUUCCCCGGCCCGGACGCAAUCGCUCAAGUCGGGAGUCCUCCCCCAGGUCCCGGCGGAGACGCCAGCGCGAAAACGCGGACCCAAACCUCCGCGUAGCCCUGGUCAUGAUCCUGAGCAUAAGUUCGCAGGCAGAGCUCAGACCCCCUGUUCCAACUUCCGCCGCCAGGAAGGGGGGAAAGGCCCCCAGGGGCCACAGGGCAGCCACCCUCGGCACCCUCAGGGGUGAAGACUCAAGUGAGGGCGAUGGCGCCGUCCCUGACUUCACAGGCAGAGGCUCAGGCGGCCAAUCAGGCUCUGAUCCGCAGUGAUCCGGCCCGGGGCGGUGGGCCGAGGGCGGUCGGCGCGCGACGGGUGAGCCCGGCCUUUCCCAGCUCCCUCCAGUGCGGUUCGUACCCCACAGAGCCCUGCUCCACUCUUCUCCCUCCUGAACAAGACCCUCGCCUGCGUGCAGGUCCCUUCCCGCCUGCCCCGGGAGGCCCCGGAACCCCGACCCGGCCGAAGGAUGUUUGGCAUCUCGGUCUCGCAGGGGGCCCAGGGCGCAGCCAGAGCUGCGCUUGGCGGCUACUCCCAGGCCUACGGGACCGUGUGCCGCUCGGCGCUGGGCCGCCUGCCCCUGCUCCCCGGACCGCGUGCGUGAGCCACCCACCCACCUCCUUGAGGCAACCCGGCGCCGUCCCCCAGACCCCAAUGCAUCUUCUCCCUCCUCUGCCUCCCUGCCUUCGAGUUCCCGGAGGGUUCUUUGAGCCUCUCUCCCCUAAGAAAGAGUAGAUGGAAGUCUCCACUCCACCCCCCAAUACUUUCUUCCAAUAAAGUUUUAUCUUUCCUA